UCCAUCCCAUCCCCUCAGAUCCAGAUCUUCAUCUUCGCAACCCCCCACAAACCACACAGAUCCGAUUUCCUCCUAGUAUAGCGGAAACUUGCAUAACAAAGUACACCGUAGAAGUCAAGAAAAGCUCUUUUCCAUUAACCUAAAGUUAACCCCACAUGAAAAUUACGGCAGGUAUGAUAUGAUACGAGACACGAAAAGAGAAAAGAAGAGAUAUGGAUCAAAGCAAUGAUCCAUCAGGUGAUGAAAUAGCAAAUGUGGUAUUAAAACAAUUCGACGAGUUACCCGCGAAGAGAAAACCAUUGAAUAGGGGAGAAGGAGUUAGGGAAUGGGUUCCGCUUAGUGGGAUUGUCGCUUCUGGUAGGUUUAAUGUUUUCUCUUUUUCUUUGAAUUUUUUUUUCUGGAUUUGAGAUGUGCUUUUGAGGUUGGUAUUUAUCUAUCUAUUUGAAUGGAAAGGCUGAUUUGAGGUAGGUGAGAAUGGAUUGACUUGUCUUUCUCUUGCGUGAGUAGUUUCUAUUUUUAAGCGUAGAUCUACCUCUGGUAUACGAAUUGUAUACGAAGAAGAUGAUGGUUUUGCGGAACGUGAAGUCACGUUUCACACAACCAUCACUCUCUUCUUCUUCCUUUUCGCAAACUACCAUGAUACCGAUUCCCCCAUAUAAAACACCCUAACACAACCCCAAUCUCAGAACCGGCAUGAAAUGCCUCCCGCACUCUAAACUCCCCCAAGCACAAGGCAACGUUAUCCACGACUGGCACGCCGAAAUCCUCUGUCUCCGCUCUUUUAACCACUUCCUCCUACAAGAAAUCCUCGCUCUGCUCUCCACCCCUUCCAUCCCCUCACAAUAUCUCCAACACUGUCUCCCAGAAACCAUCACACGCGAUGCAUUCCAGCCCUUCGAAUUAAAACCGCACAUCAAACUCUUCAUGUACUGUUCCGAAGCCCCCUGCGGCGACGCAAGUAUGGAACUUACGAUGGCAGCACAGGAGGACGCGACGCCAUGGGCUUUACCACCUUCUAACCCUGGAGCCGAAGAACGAGAAGAAAAAAUAGAACUCCCCGGGCGAGCCAACUUCCAACUCCUCGGCCACGUGCGCCGCAAACCAUCCCGUCCAGACGCACCUCCCACACUUUCGAAAUCCUGCUCCGACAAAUUAGCAUCCACGCAAUACACAUCACUCCUCUCAUCCCUCACCUCCCUCUUCAUCUCCCCCAAGAACAUAUACCUGCAUUCCCUGAUCCUCCCAACAACCCAACACAGCACCAUAGGCUUCACACGAUGUUUCCACACACGAUUAAACCCCCUCAAAAACAGCAGCAACUCGAACCACCAAAAAAGCAGCUACAAAUACCACGAAAUAGGCAUCAAAACCACCACGAAAGAAUUCAUCUAUUCCCGACGCUACGAAACACAUACUGCAAAACCGCUAGAAUAUGUAAGUAGUAAUAUAUCCACAUCGUGGAUUCGCGGCGAUGGGAAAACAGGCGGCGAGACGCUGGUUAAUGGUGCGUUGCAGGGGAGAAAACAGUUUGAUGUGAGGGGUGCUAGUAGGGUUUGUAGGAGGAGAGUCUGGAAGGUGGGAUUGGAGGUUUUGGGUAAGGUUGCGGUGAUGGAGGGUGUGGGGUUGGGGGUUGUGGAGAGAUUGAGGAGUUGCUUGGGGGUGGGGGCGUAUAAGGAGGUGAAGGGGAGUGAGAUAUUGGGGGAGAGGAGGAGGAUUAAGGAGGAGGUGAGGGAGUGUUUGGGUGGAUGGGUGAGGAAUGAGGGGGAUGAUGAGUUUGAGGUUGAGGUAUCUUAGUUUGAGUGGAUGUUUUAUUAAAUCACCAAUACAAUCAUCAUGAUGUGCAUAUUUGAGGUUGUGGCGGU